GAGAGGUCGCGCUACAUGAAGAACGAUAUGUUCUCAUCCUUCAAGACAGUCAUCUGGUCGGUGGAGCACGGAGACGAAGAGGCCCCACCCAUGUCGGCCUUCUUCCAGCAACCAGGGGAGGCGAAUGCGAACGACGACGACGACGUUGAGAUGACGUCGCGUGGAGCGCGCAGCUUGAAAUGUCCGUUGACUUUGGCGCGACUUGUCGAGCCGGUCAAGUCUCAAAAAUGCCCGCACACCUUCUCUCGAGUGGCAAUCAUGCAGAUGUUGAAUGGUAGGCAAAAAGCUUGUCCUGUCGCGGGUUGUCCACAACAAUUGCGUCCUCAGGAUCUGGUGCGUGACCGUGUCAUGGAGCGA